GACUUUGGCCCCGAAGUCCAGGGGUAAGAGCACCUCUGAUCUUCCCCCGUUGAGGAACUCUUUUCUUCUACUAACCCGGGAGAGAUUUCUUCCUCCCCGCAAGAGGAGAGCAGCGGUCUCUACACCCAGGCAGCGAAGGAAGCAGACUCAGCGUCCCAUCCGGUGCCUCUAGCCCCACUCCAUUCAAAGGGGCUGCCUCUCAAAUCAACCUGCAUCGUUGCGCAAGGGAGAUUCUGCCUCUUCAGCUAGCUGCCCGCCCGCCCUUCCCUUCCCCGCCUUGCCAUUUCUUUUUGUGAUGAUAGCAACGAUCACAAAACAAAGCAUGCAUGAACCAAGAAAAGCCCUUAAUAACGUCUCUCCUCUCCUGCCCUUGCAAAAGGUUUCUUGGGAACUGUAGUUCAAAGCAGGAGGAAAAUACAACUCCCAGGAUUCCCUCAGGUUGACCGGCCCCCUAGUUCUUCUGUGCAACGGGAGGAAGGCUGUUUAGCAAAUGCACAGUCCGGAAGGAGCCCACCCCCCCAAAAAAACAUUAGAGAUCGGGCCAGGGAGGCAGAAAGCAGGGGUGGGGGGAAGUGGGCAGGGGGGACCUGGGCCCAGACAGCGCUGGCGGCUUUCAGUGUAAGAGGGGCGGGGGCAGAGAAAGCCUGGAGUCUUCGCGAGGAGACCCACCUUUGCAAAUUUAGGUUAAGCCCUUUCCGGCUUCCUUUGAAUGGAUGGAGGUAGCUCACCCCGGGGCCGGCUGCUUUGGGGCACACGCGGCUUUGAGGGGAUCUGGGCGACCCCCAAGGAAGAUUUUGCACGUCAGAACAGAAGCAGAGAGAGGUUCGCUCUCCGCUUGGAAGGACGGACGGACGGACGAAGCGUGGACAAACUGAGAGAGACCUCCUUUCAAGCCCACACAGAUCAGGGGGAGCAAAGGCAGAAGUUCAGCAUACCUGCCUAGAUCACAAUAGGUUAUUCUAGAAUUUUCUGUAGUGUGCUGCUAUCUUUGUGACCUCAUUCAAGGAUGAAAAUGGAAGCACGAGAGCCCACAGGCUGUAUACAAGGGGAGGCAUCAGAAGGAAGCGGGAAAGCUCCUCAUGUCCUCUUCGACAUGCUAGGUCACAAAAGCAGGAGGAUUUUGGAGGGAGGGCCAUCUGAAGCAAUGCAUUCUGGGAGUAUUGAUGGAUCACUCAGAAGGCCAACUCAGCACCAGGUGAAAGAGGAACCAGAAGAGGGUUUGGCCCAACGCUGGGAAGUCCAAUGGCAGGAGUUCCUGAAGACAGUAGAGUCCCCACACUCAGGUUGGGGAACCCCACAGUUGCUGGAGGAACCCACACCGUGGGAUAAUGCGAAGGCCUUCUUGGCUUCCUUCGAGCAGGUGGCCGAAGCCUGCCACUGGCCCAGGGAAGAGUGGGUGGCCCGACUCCUGCCGGCCCUCAGCGGAGAGGCCGAGCGGGCCUUUAGCAGCCUGGAGGCCGGAGACAGAGAGGAUUAUGGGAAAGUGAAGGCCAUCAUCUUGCGAUGGGAUGCCCUGGCCAGGGAGAGGUGGCGGCAGCACUUCAGGCACUUCCGCUACCAGGAGGCCGAGGGGCCCAGAGGGGUUUACGGCCGACUCCAGGAACUUUGCUCUCAGUGGCUGAAAGUCGAGAGACACUCCAAGGAGCAGAUUCUGGAGCUGCUGAUCCUGGAGCAGUUCCUGACUGUCCUGCCCCCGGAGAUCCAGAACUGGGUGAGGGAACACGGCCCCGAGACCUGCUCCCAGGCGGUGGCCCUGGCGGAGGAGUUCCUGCAGCUUGAGCCUGAGAGAACAGAAAGCCAGAUGGCAUUUGAGGAAGAGGCUGCAAGUUUCUCAGAGACAGGCCAGCCUCCGCUGGCCAGAGAGCACAGGCAGCUGCAGAUGGAAGCCAAGCAGGAUGGGGAUACCGGCCUCUUGGCAGAUAAAAAGGGGAUAACUACAGAUGAUGUGGGGAAAUAUGUGCUGGAAGAUUCCCAAUCGAUGGGACCCUACAGGGCAUCAGUGUGGAAAGAAGAAGAGAGUCUUUCCCCAUGCUGUGAGCAGGACAGUUCUCCAGUGAGUCUGGAAAAAACAGUGUGUUGGAAGGAGUCCUACCCAGCGGAGAAAGCAGAGGAAUCCGUUACAUGUGGGAGAGGUCAAAAAGCUCCCUAUGAAAUUACAGUCCAAGCAGGAAUUUAUGCUGAUGAUGGGUGGGGAAGUGAGAAUGUGGAGAAUCCAUGUGGGAUAGUGGCAGGAAGAGCUGAACAUAAAGAUCUAGAAGAGAACUUUUGGAGUCAAGAUGGAUCACUGAGGCAAGAGGGAAACCACACAGAGGAGAGGAGAGAUCUCUCUGAUAUUUGUCAGGGUGGGGACAUCCUGGAAACCCCAAUCCAGGAAAAUAUUGAAGCCGGAAAGCGGAGGAACAGAAACCUUGAUCCUCACUGGAGAAUUCACACAGUGGGGAAACCAAAUAAAAGUUUCAAGUUUGGAAAGAGCUUCAGUCGGGGCAGAGAUCUGACUGACUGUGAAACUCUCCAUGAAGAGGAGAAACCUUAUAAAUGCUUUGUGUGUGGAAAGUGCUUCACACGGAGCACAAACCUUAUUUCGCAUCAAAGAAUCCACACAGGGGAGAAACCAUAUAGUUGCCCAGAUUGUGCCAAGAGAUUUUCCAGCCAGUCUGAUCUUAUUAAGCAUAAAAGAAUUCACAGAGGAGAGAAACCGUACAAGUGCUAUGUGUGUGGAAAGAACUUCAGUCAAGGUGGCCACCUUACUUCCCAUCAAAGAAUCCACACUGGAGAGAAACCAUAUAAGUGCUUGGAAUGUGGAAAGAGCUUCAGUAAGAACACAAACCUUACUUUGCAUCAGAGAAUCCACACCGGAGAGAAACCGUAUCAGUGCUUGGAGUGUGGCAAGAGCUUCACAUGGAAUUCAAACCUUACUUCACAUCAAAGGACGCACACAGGGGAAAAACCUUUUAAAUGCUCCAAUUGCAGCAAGAGCUUUUGUAAUCACUCAACCCUUAUUAAGCAUUUGAGAAUCCACACAGGCGAGAAACCAUAUAAAUGCUUUGUGUGUGGAAAAAGCUUCAGCCAAAGCUCAAGUCUUACUGCACAUAAGAGAAUCCACACAGGCGAGAAACCAUACAAGUGUUCUGAGUGUGGAAAGAGCUAUAGUAAAAACACAAAUCUAAUUUCACAUCAGAGAAUCCACACUGGAGAGAAAGCAUAGAAUCGAAACUUCACAUCAUGGAAAAGCUGCAUAAAGGAAUACUGUUGAUGUUUGGAGUGUGGAAAGAGUUUUAGUAAGAACACAACUCCUAACUUCACACCAAAGAAUCCAAACAGGAGAGAAAUAACGGACAAGAAAUUUCUCCCAGACACAGAACAAUCACAGCUGCCACCUUAUCACACAUUCUCAUGGAAGGGAAACAGUAUAAGUGCCCAGACUGUAGUAAAACCUUUUGUUAUAAAUCUGGCUUACUUGUACAUUGGGGAAUUCAUCAGGGGCUGUUGAAGAAUUUGAAGAGGAGCAGAACAACUACUGAGGAGUGCAAGAAAUCUUGGGGAAAGCUUCUGUUGUUUCCCUACAAAUCAAUUAAAAAGUAAGCCGGGAUGGAAUUGACUGUUUUUCAUAGAUUUGUUUGGGAGUAGUCACAUUAUGCUAACAACAUUAAAAUAAACAUUUCUUCCAUAUCCAGUUA